AUGGAGUUACUCCUUCUUGUGCCCAUACUCUGCGUAAUUCUGAUACCCGGUUCCUUCAUUUUGUGCGCCAUAUGCCAAAAGUAUAAGAAAAAACCUCAAGCAAGCGAUGUGGAAAUAGGCGGUGGGGCUGGCGGAUUACGAGACGGAAAUUUGGUUGUUUUGGCCGGCGCCGGAGCAGCUGCCGUCGCCGGUGGUGUAGCGGCAGCGGCAGUGGUUGGUAGCGGUGAUAGGGACAAGGGUAAUAAUAACAACAGUGGUGCUGCAGCAACCACUACUGCAGAUGCUGGUACGUCGUCGUCCCAGGGUUGUUGUUGCGGGGGGGGGGGGGGUGAUGGCGGUGGUUGUGGUGGUUGCGGUGGUGGUGGUGGUGAUGGCGGUGGUUGUGGUGGUUGCGGUGGUGGUGGUGGUGAUGGCGGUGGUUGUGGUGGUUGCGGUGGUGGUGGUGGUGAUGGCGGUGGUUGUGGUGGUUGCGGUGGUGGUGGUGGUGAUGGCGGUGGUUGUGGUGGUUGCGGUGGUGGUGGUGGUGAUGGCGGUGGUUGUGGUGGUUGCGGUGGUGGUGGUGGUGAUGGCGGUGGUUGUGGUGGUUGCGGUGGUUGUGGUGGAUGUGGCGGUUAA